AUGCGACUGUUCGCCGAGAACCUCUCCGAGAGUCUGCUCAGCACGGCAUCCCUCAGCCGGCGCCACCGGCCAUCGAUCUACGACGAGCAGCACCCCAAGCCUGGAACGCCGGGCGCGCCGCAGAGCCAGAGCCCGAGCCAGAGCCAGAGCCAGUGGCGGACGCCGUUCAAGAAGAUCCCCCGGAACAGCCCUACCAACAACAGCAACCAGCUCCACAUCUCCCCCUCAGCCGCAUCGACCUACUCCGCAUCCUUCACACACAACCCCUCCCUGCUGUCCAUCCCCCACCCCCAGCCCAGUCCGCCGAAACACCACCCCGGCUCGGUCCGCUCAGAAUCCGUGCCCCGGAAGACCUCCUGCUCCUCGUCCCGCUCGACGAUCGACCACCCGCCCGCCCCUCCGCCCCGCUCCAGCGGCCGCCACACCCCCCUGCCCGGCUUCAGAUCCGCAAGCGCUCUCAGCCAGGUCUCCUUCCGCUCCCUCAGAUCCAUCAACUCGCGCAUCAAGGUCCGCAUCCAGUCCCUCGGCCAGGCCAUCGAGGCCCGCAAACCUAAGCUGCCCGAGCUCGAUUGGUCCGCGCUCAGGGCCGAGUACGAACUCCAUCUCGCUAGAGGCUCGAUCAUCGAACGCUGUCUCGUCCAGGUCGAUCUCGGGCCCGAUGUCACCGAAAGAGGUCGCUGGUGGAUCGACACCGUCUGGACCCUGGCCGACAAACUCAGUCCGCCCCUACCAGCAGCACUCGCCCAGUACUCAGCAUCAGGCCUCCUACCACUCCUCAGUCCGCUGCGGCACACGCUCCACAGACUGGCGGUCGAGCUGCCGUACAACCAUCUGGAGGACACGGCCGAGCUCGAGAAGUUUGAGGAGCUGGGCACGAUCCUUGGCCGGGCGAUCUGGCUGGCCGGGCUGAUCGAGAACGUGAUCGAGAUCGUCAGCCAGCUCGGCCUCGUCCGCUUCGAGCUCGUCGGCCUCCGCAAACCCUUCGACGAACUCAAACUCGCCGACGACGACCUCCACUACGACGACCCGCUCCAGUUCCAGGGCCUCCUCGACCGCUCUAUCCAUCUCAUCUCGCAAUGGUCUGGCGAGAUCAGAGGACGGACUGGGUCUAAUAACCCCUGGAAAGGCUUCAUCAAGCUCUCCUGA